UGCAGGCUCGGGCCGGCGGCGGCGCGGGGCGCGCGGCGCGGCAUGGGGCGGGCAUGGCGGUGACGUGCCCAGACCUCAUGUACGGCGCCUACUACCCCUACCUGUACGGCCGCGGCGCCCGCUCCUUCCACCACGCGCCGCACUUCCAGUAUGACCGGUUUAACGUGCAGACGGGCAACGGCGGCGAGGGCUACGGCGCGGCGGCCGGCGUCAGCAGCGGCUCGGCGUCGUCCGGCGCGCAGUCCCCGGGCUCCCCGCCGCACGCGGCACAUCUCCGCGCCAAGGAGGAGCUGUCCGCGCCCGGCCGCGCCAGCGCUGACGGUGGCGGGUCAUCAGAGUCGGAGGGCGAGUGCGCGGCGCACGGACGAGCGCGCGCGCAGUACGUCAGCGCCAACUGCGUCGUGUUCACACACUACUCGGGCGACGUCGCCGCCGUCGUCGACGAGCACUUCGCCAGGGCCCUCGCCGCCGACAAGCCUAAAGAGAGCGUCCCGAUGGUGUCUCGAAACUUGCCGGCGUCGUUUUUCAACGCGGCGGCCGGCGCGGCCUGCGGCGUCGACCUCUACGACUACGACCCGUGGCACCAGCACUACUCCGGGUACGGUCACGCGGCGCACCGGCACGCGGCGGAGUACCACGCGGCGGCGGCGGCACAGGCCGCGCAGGCGCACAACAUGGCGGCCGCCGGCUACCCCCCGCUGCUCCUCGGCCGCUCCCCCCUGCACGCGCAAUACAAGCCCGUGGAGUGGCAGCACUCGCUGGAGCACCACGCGCCGCACGCGCCGCACGCCGCGCACGCCGCCUGCUCGCCCUACUCCUACCCCGCGGUGCCUGGUCUGGAAGCGCAGGUGCAGGACACGUCCAAGGACCUGUACUGGUUCUGAGAGUCCGCCGCGCACUAGCGCCCUCGCCUAGCGACCCCA